AUGCAAGCUUGGCUCAAGGCACAGUUGUUAGGUGGACCGGAACAGACACAACCACAACCACCAUCACGAAGCAAUAGCAAGGCCAAGAAACCCAAGACUCCUUCGGCCGUGACACCUAAGGAACCUUCGGCCCCAGAACCAAAACCACUAUUGGAAUGGCUGCCAUCACCGCGGCCGUCCCAACGCCCAAAACUGGAAUGGCUCCCACCACCGCAGACUUCACAACCCCCGCAACAAUCGGACACAACACAAGAGCGACGGCAACUCACCGGGCGACUCUAUGUGAGGCCCCCAGAAUCGAGUACAGUGAAGCCUCAGAAGCUUCCGCAACGCGAGUCUCUCCUGAAGCUUGGGGAUCGCCCGCUGCGGCCAGAUCAGAAGGCACCGUUUGAUACGCCGUGGAAGAACAAGCAGACUGUCGAUGCCAUUGUCAUUGGCGCGGGGCCGGCGGGUAUUUCUGCCGUGGGGAAUUUGCUGCGUGCUAUGCCUGAUGCCAAAAUCUGGUGGGUUGAUAGGACGUUUGAUGGGGGAAGUAUUGGCCGGUAUUACCGGGAACUGCCCAGCUACUCCUCGGUGGGCGAAUACCUGCGCUUCGCCACGACCCCCUCCAUCUUCCAGACCAUCCUUGACAACUCCCCGCAACCCAACGCUUUCACGGCCAUGUCGGAACUCGACCCGGAAAUGACCUGCCCCCUGCACCUCGUUGGCGAUCUGCUGACCAUGCUCACGGAUGGGUUGCGUGUGCACGCUCGCGUUCGGGCAGUCUAUGGAACUGUGCAGAAGCUGGUUCGCCAUCCUAAGGAGAACCAGUGGACCGCCACGCUAGAGGCCGCCGACGGGGUGGGCACGGCCGCUCCGAGAACUCGCAUACGUGCCCCGAUGGUGGUAUUCUGCACUGGCGCCCGUCCGAUCGUGCCGGAACCGUCCCUGCCCACGCCCAUCCUCGGGCUCGAGUCCAGCCUUUCGCCCACCCGCCUCGCCAAGAUCCUACCCAGAAACCAACCCCGCACUAUUGCUGUCAUUGGGAACGGUCACUCGGCCGUGCUGGUGCUCCGGAACCUAUUCCGGCUUGCGGCCACGACGCAUCGCCAGCUGCGCAUCCGCUGGUUUACCCGCAGCGAGCACUUCAAAUACACCGGCACCUGGACUCCCGGGAAUGCCGAUACCGACGCCGCCAAGGCCAUCAAACGGAGGAUGGAUAUGGGGUUGGACGCCGGCGAAGCCGCCAACUUCGCCCGCACCAUGCUCGACGGCGACCGCCUCCACAAAUCCGACGCCGGCGCCUACAUCACCCGCCACCUCCUCCCCCCGAUCCCCAGCACCUCCACCGAAACCGACCGCAUCGCCCGCGAGCAAAAAGCCAUCAUCCCCCACCUCCACGACGUCCACUUCACCAUCCACGCCGUCGGCUUCGCCCGCGCCCGCAUGCCCGAAGUCCGCCCCAGCCUCGACGCCGCCGGGUCCCCGAUCGGCCGACCCAAACGCCUCAUCUUCAACGCCCUCAAGGGCUCCUUCUUCCCCGACGGCAGCUCCCGCCACACAGUCAUCGGCCUCUUCGGCGCGGGCGCCGCCUUCCCCGAACUCAAACUCACCCUCGAAGGCUGGCGCAAACCGGCCGUCAGCAUCCCCAAAUUCCACGGCUUCAUCACCCGCAUGAUAUCCAAAUGGAUCCGCGGCACCAAAACAGGCUACCUCCCGCACCACCGCCCCUGGAACGAAGACUCCCUCAUCCAACCCCGCCAACGCGGCAGCGGCAGCGCCGCGCUUAACCUUAACCCACCAGAAGAUACCUACGCCUCCGCCAUGGCCUACGCCCAACACGGCAUCACCCGCAAACUCACCCCCCCGAAAAGCCACAAAAUCCGCUACGAAAUAAAACGCGGCGGCGUGCAAGCCAGACGGGACGACCAGAGCGAACGACGCGAAACCAGCUGGGGGCGCAAACAGUUCUGGCGGCGCAAGUAUCUGGAGGGGCUCGAAGAGGAUGAGCAGACCCCCGAAGCGAGGGAAAAGCUGGCGUAUUACCAGUCGCAGAUGGUGAGUAGGGUCAGGAGGGAGCAGCAUAUGAAGUGGGUUGGGGAAGGAGAGGGGUUGGUGGAGAGGCAGGUUUUGGGGGAUGGACGGAGUUUGGAGGAGGAGGAUCGGUUGUUGGGGGAGGAGAGACGGAGGGCGAGGGAGGGGGUUUAA